ACGGAGCCCUUCCACCACUCCAGCUCCAUCGACGUCGAUACCAGCAUGGCGCCCUCUGUGCAUGCAAGCAAGCCGCACAUGUGUAUGUGCGCGUAACGUGCACUCGCGUGCUCAAGUCAUAGGGUACCUUUAAUCUAUGUGUAUUUGCACGCGUGUGGUGUUUGAUUAUAUGCGUGAUUAGUUGCUCGCAGUAAUGGCUGCAGUUACAUCGCCCGCGCUCUUUCUUGGGAAGUGCGUUUCAUCGGCUGUGAAGAAGACUGUUCGAGUUGUUGUUACCCGGUUUGAGCUGGACACCUUUCUGAUGGCGCAUUAUAAAAAGAGGACAGAGUACGAAGCGUUCGAUGCCAACGAGGAGUGUCAACCUGGCGACUGGGUCCUUGUCAAGGAAUUACCAGAACGCCUCAGCCUGAGGAUUGCCCACAAGGUAGAGAAGAUUGUCUACAAGGACGGCAACAUUAUUGAUCCUUUAACUGGCCAGAAAUGCAUUUUCACAGAUUUUGUGAAAGAUGUUGACAAGGAAAGUGAACUUUUCGGUUUGAGCCCACCGCACAAGGCCAAAGCUUUCCCUGACACUCCAGAAGUGAAAGAAAUAUCGAAUAAAUAAGGUCUUCAUGGCUAUAGAGCUUUGUUCGCAAUGCAACAUUGUAGAUAUAGAAAUAAAUUUUGUAAAUAUGUGAAAUGA